GCUGUUGAUGGAGGAGGGGGCGGAUGACAGCCGGGACUGUGGUCAUCACCGGCGGGAUCUUGGCCACCGUGAUCUUGCUGUGCAUCAUUGCAGUGCUGUGCUACUGCCGGCUGCAGUACUACUGCUGCAAAAAGGACGAGUCGGAGGACGACGAGGAGGAGCCUGACUUCGCGGUGCACUCGGGCCUGCCGCCGCUCCACUCCAACCGCAACCUCGUGCUGACCAACGGGCCUGCGCUCUACCCGGCCGCCUCCACCUCCUUCACGUCCCCGCAGGCCCGCGCCCUGUGCCGCAGCUGCUCCUACUACGAGCCGCCCACCUUCUUCCUGCAGGAGCCGGAGGACGAGGGCGUGUGCAACGGCGGCGAGCGCGUGGCCUACCAGAGCGUGGGCCAGGAGGACACAGAGCUGCCCGGAGCCUUCGGGGGUCUGCAAGCCCUCAACCCCAACCGCCUGUCAGCCAUGCGGGAGGCCUUCUCCCGCAGCCGCAGCAUCAGCACCGACGUCUGAGCCCGCCUGCGGG